GCGUGCGCGGCGAACAUGGCUGAUCGGCUCACGCAGCUGCAGGACGCUGUGAACUCGCUUGCAGACCAGUUUUGUAAUGCCAUUGGAGUAUUGCAGCAGUGCGGCCCUCCUGCCUCUUUUAGUAACAUUCAAACAGCAAUCAAUAAAGACCAGCCAGCCAAUCCUACCGAAGAGUACGCCCAGCUUUUUGCAGCACUGAUUGCACGAACAGCGAAAGAUAUUGAUGUUUUGAUAGAUUCUUUACCCAGUGAAGAAUCUACAGCUGCUUUACAGGCUGCUAGUUUAUAUAAGCUAGAAGAAGAGAACCACGAAGCUGCCACAUGCCUGGAGGAUGUUGUCUACCGGGGAGACAUGCUGCUGGAAAAGAUCCAGAGUGCACUUGCUGACAUUGCCCAGUCACAGCUGAAGACCAGAAGUGUCACCCACAGCCAGUCUCUUCCGGAUUCCUAGCGUCGACGGACAGCAUGUGGCUGAGAAAAGAGCCGUGUGAAUGCACUAAGGAUUCAGCGUCAGAUGCGGAUGUGAGCCAGCAGCUGCAGAGCAGCAUAUCUUGACUGUCACCUUUGUGGCUAGUUUAGUUCUCUGUUUUCACUCUUGAUCAGGAAAGAGCUGUAAAUUGCAGUUGGAUCGUCUUCAGCAUCAUUAUGCCAUCGUUUCUUAUCUGACUAGAAUUUUCAGGGUAGAUACUAAUGGCCCUGAUACCAUUAAACAGUGACGCACAGUACAGCUCUUUGUUUUGUUUUGUGGGUCUUGUUUGGUUUUCUUUUUUGGUGCAUCUUGUGUAUGCUAGGUAAGCACUUUGCCACCGGCCUUACAUCCCCAGUUCUGACCUCUGCUGUGUCAUUGCAGCCCUUCCACAGAUCGAAAUAACUGACCUUAAAGGCAGAGAUAAGGGACUUUUCCAUUUAGAUAUGUGUCCUGCCUCUUUAAAGGUGCCACUGCAUAAAUUUUAUGUUGAGCAAAAGUUUCUGAAUUAGAGCAUAUAGGAGGUAGACAUCUGUUCAUCUGUGAAAAGCUUUCUUCUAGAAUAUCACACUUUCUAGCUUGUCCCUACCUUUGUUUUGACAAAGAAGUCUUUACUGUCCAGGGAAUUCCAAUGAUACUGUGAGAAUAUCUCACCCUGAAACAUGUUGAGAUAAUUUUAACCUACUUUCCCCAUAUUCUUAAUUUACAUGUCUUCAUAGUGAGUUAUGUUUCUUGAAUUGUUGAUUCUUUCACAUUCUCUGUACCUGAAAGUACUGAUAUUUAAAAAAGUUUUUAUUAGGUUUAUUGAUUGUAUGUGUUCUGCUUGCAUGUGUUUGUACCGUGUACAUGCUGGGGCCCAUGGAGGCCAGGAGAACAUCAGCUCUCCCGGAGCUGGGGUUGCAGGUGUUUGUGCACCAAGGUGUGGGCACAGCGCCCUGCAGCCUGCGCCCUACGGCAGCAACACGCGCUUACUCUUGCCCUCUUUCUGACCCUCUUAACAAGUAAACCUGUUCUAUUUUAAUCAGUACUUGUACCAUACAUCAGUAUGUUUCUAUGUACACACACAGGCUAUAGGUCAGUAUAUACGUCAGUAACUCAGUAAUGUUUCUUCCAAUUAUUGCUGGCAAUUGUAUCAGCCCUUGCAACUGGGAUUACUCAUCCAAUUUCUGGCCUCACUGUUGUUUUCUAGACUCAUAGGUUUCUGAAAAACCCUCAAGAAAAAUAUCCAGUGUUCUGAUUUCCUUCAGAAUCAGGCUCUCUAUAGUUCUUGAAAAUACUGUGUUUCAAAGUUCAGGAGGACCUGCCCUAGCUACAAAAGUUGUAACAAUUUUUUGGUUAAGCGUAAACCUUUUUUUUUUUUUUUUUUUUUUUUGUUGUUGUUGUUGUUGUUGUUGUUAUAGCACUUUGUGACAGUCAUUUAUUAUUAAAUCUUAUAAACUUGU